GGCUCCGCGUGCUGCGAGACCCGCUACCCGGCUCUGAGGCAGCGCGAAUCCCGGCUAGCGCCUGCUCGUCCCUUGUGGUCCGCCCCGGCUGAGUCCCGCGUGGAGAUGGCAGACGACCUUGGAGACGAGUGGUGGGAGAACAAGGCGGCAGGAGCAGCCAGCAGCCCAGGGGCAUCAGAUGGUGAAGGAGGAGGAGACACGGAAAUGGCGCAGCAGGACACAGCUCCAGGUCGUGCCCUGUCCAGGAAAAUCAAACCGCCUAAAGAAUGUUUCUUGAUACAACCGAAGGAAACAAAUGAAGAUACCGCCAAGACCAGGAAGAGGAAAAAGAAGAAAAUUACUGAUAUUCUUGCAAAAUCAGAGCCAAAACCAGGGACACCUGAAGACCUACAGCAGCUGAUGAAGGACUAUUAUAGCAGCAGUCGCUCCGUGAUUGAAUUAGAAGAACUAACCCUCCCAGACUCCUGCUUCCUCAAGGCCAAUGAUUUAACUCACAGUCUUUCAUCAUAUCUAAAAGAAGUCUGCCCCAAAUGGGUGAAACUUCGGAAAAACCACAGUGAGAAGAAAUCAGUCCUGAUGCUGAUUAUCUGUGGCUCUGCCAUCCGAGCUCUGGAGCUCAUUAGGUCAAUGACCGCAUUCAAAGGAGACAGCAAAGUUAUGAAAUUAUUUGCCAAACACAUAAAGGUCCAGGAGCAGGUAAAACUGCUGGAGAAGCGUGUAGUGCACCUGGGCGUAGGAACUCCAGGGAGGAUUAAAGAACUCAUCAAACAAGGUGGCCUUCAUUUGAACCCCUUAAAGUUUCUGAUUUUUGACUGGAACUGGAGAGAUCAGAAGUUGAGAAGGAUGAUGGACAUUCCCGAGAUAAGAAAGGAGGUUUUUGAACUUCUGGAAAUGGGAAUCCUCAGUCUGUGCAAGACAGAAUCUUUGAAGCUGGGCCUUUUCUAAAUCUGGAUCCUAAUGAAAAGUCCUGUUUUCCUGGUGGGAUUUAUAUGGCUCUGGCCCAUUGUAAGCACUUGGUAAAUACCAGCUAUUGUUUAUUAAGUUGACUGUAUCACCAGAUGGCUCACUAGGAAUCUUAGGUGGGAAUUCUUUUACAAAAUGAAUGUGUCCUUUGCCAAAUCCCUUGUGUAAUAAAGCAUCACUGGCUUGUGUGUGA